GUCACGUGAUCGGGCCGCCGGCCGAGGCGCGUUUCCGCCCGCCUUCGCAGCUAUGGCGGCGUCCCUGGGCGGUAUGUUCUCCGGGCAGCCUCCAGGUCCUCCGCCGCCCCCGCAGGGGCUCCCCGGCCAGCCGUCGCUCCUGCAGGCAGCCCCCGGGGCUCCGAGACCUCCCAGCAGCACCUUGGUGGACGAGUUAGAGUCCUCCUUCGAGGCUUGCUUUGCUUCCCUUGUGAGUCAGGAUUAUGUCAAUGGGACUGAUCAGGAAGAAAUUCGAACUGGUGUUGAUCAGUGUAUCCAGAAGUUUUUGGACAUUGCAAGACAGACAGAAUGUUUUUUCUUACAAAAAAGAUUACAGUUGUCUGUCCAGAAACCAGAUCAAGUUAUCAAAGAGGAUGUCUCAGAACUGAGGAGUGAAUUGCAGCGGAAAGAUGCGCUGGUCCAGAAGCACCUGACAAAGCUGAGGCAUUGGCAGCAGGUGCUGGAGGACAUCAAUGUGCAGCACAAAAAGCCAGCCGAAAUCCCUCAGGGCUCCUUGGCCUACCUCGAGCAGGCGUCUGCCAACAUUCCUGCACCUCUGAAGCAGACCUAAGGGCUCAGGCCUGUGGUGCAGCUCUGCAGUCUUGCUGGACAUCUUUUCUUACAGAUGUGGCAUGUCGGAAAAACUGUCCGAUAAUGAGCUGAUGUUAGUUUAUGUUUCUACCCAUUUUUAUGAUUUAUUAUUUCAGUAUGAAGCCUGGGGUGGUGAAUCCAGGAUCCCCAGCCUCAGCUCCUCUAAUACUCUAAAUUCAUUAGUACUUUAUAGAAUGCCUGUUGCUUUGAAAAACCAAUUGUUUUUUGUUUAAUAUUUUGCAAAGUUUAGACUGUUCAAGUGGUGAACACAUUCUUACUUGGCCUUUACCUUUUGUUUUGACAACAUUUUGUAGCUUCAUCUGUAUUUUUGUUUUUUGUUUGGUGAACCCUGAAGGGAAAAAAAUUUUAAUGGUUUGAAAAGCCUGGGAUAUAAGAGUGAGUUUGGUUAUCAGCGUUAAUAACCAUCAGUGGCAGUGCAGACAAGUCUGUAACGUUGAACUACCUCAGGAGGAACCUGACAACAGUGCAGUGCUUCCAGGAUGGCACGGGUUGAGCAUGUUUUAUGUUCACACAGUGUGCUGCUAGUGUGGUAUUACAGGAGGAUGCUUACCUUAAUGUUGGAUUUUUCUCUGAGCUGAGUUACAUUUUCUGGGUCCUUGUUCACUUUGCUCUGAAGGCACACAUAGCAGGAGCAUGGCAUGCUGAGUGCUCCCAGGCUGUGCUGUGCUGGUCAAUGUAAGGAAGGCACAGAUGAGGUGUGCAGGCCAAAGGCUGGCUUGGAUUGUCUUAGUUAUUUGCAUGUUUUUUAUAUUUUUCAGAGCAGAGUACCUCUUUUUACCCGAAACAAAUACUUUGUACCUCUUGAAUAGUGCAUCCCCAGCUUGGUUUUGGUCUUGUCCAUUUUGGUUUAUGGAGCCUUGAAGCCCUAGUCACAACCAUUGAUACCCACGCCUGUGUUACUUGCUCUGUUGUAUACCCUAUGAGAAUAGGCAUUUCCUUGAUUAUUCCAGAUCUUACUACUUUGUGUGUGUGUGCUUGAUUGUAUAUUUAGCACCUGGACAAAUUAGAACCAGCCUGAGACCGUCAGGUCCCCAUCUUCAGCUACAUAGCAAGUUUGAGGCUGUUGUGGGCUGCAUGAGAUCAGUGCCUCCCAACCUCUGGCAAAAAAGAAAGAAAACCCCACUCAUUUUAUGAAGCACUGAUUGUCAAGUUUAUGUGUUGUGGUUUUGUUUUGUUUUGUUUUGUUUUGUUUUUUUAAAUUUCUUGGCCAAAACCUAAAUAAGCUGAUUACAUUUUAGCCAGUUUUUCAAUAAUUAAAAGGAUAGUGAAAAUACCGGAAACUGUUCUUGGUGCUUAGUGAAAAUGUUUUAAGUUAGUAUAUGCACAUUAUUAUCAUUUUUUAAUUGAAUUCAACAGUUAGGUAAAAUAAUUUCCCAUUUUGUCAGUUUGUAAGCAUCGUGUGUGUGUGUGUGUGUGUGUGUGUGUGUGUGUGUGUGUGUGUGUAGUAUACCUGUGAAUGUGCAAUGUGCUUGGGAGAAGGGUACAUGUGUAUGUUUUUGAAAAGAUCAAAGAUUCAUGUCGGGCAAUACCUCUUUUCACAUAACUUUUUUGAGACAGACCAAAGCUGGGGCUUACUGGUCAAGACCAGCUGGCUUGCAAACUUCCAUUAUCUUCCUUCCUCUCUUACUUCCCAGCCCUAGGAUUAAGCUGCUCUGCUGGGCUUUUUGUUCCGAUGUGUGAUCAGGUCUUCAGCUUUCAGGCAAGUGCUUUAUUUACCGAACUGUCGAUCCAGCUGUGUCGUGUUCUCCCUAAGUGGCAGCUUGCUGGCUUUUGAACACAGACAUGGGGUGCAUGUCUUUCAGGGGUUUCCCUUUGCUUGCUGUUCUCAUAUGUAAGCCAACCGAUUGAAGGAAGUUCCUCCCCUCCCACUUGCUUCAGCUGCCUGCCUGAAUAAGGCCUGCCUCUUCACAUUGUAUGGAUCCCAGGCCAGCUGCUUUCUCUAGGAUUAACCACUGUGAUGGUUUCUGCCACUUGCACUGUCUAUCCUUGACUCCUUUCCUGCAGGUCACCCAGAAUCCAUCUUGAACAUUUCUCUUGAUCUUCAGCAGCUUCUUAUUUGGUCUCCACUCUCCUCCAGCCUUCACAAUUGUAUCUGUUUAUCUUGGAAUUGUGCAUGUGAUCAUCUUUGGCUACAGAUCAGAUAGAACCUCACUUCCUCAUCUUUUGAACCUGAACUGAGCUUCUUUAUCCAACUGCUAACUAUGGACCUUCCGGAGUGGCUCCUCGGUAAAGAUUCCCAGGCAGUUCUGCUUUCUAAAGCGCUGUUGCAUAAAAUGCUGUUACGGAAAUAGCAUCGGUCGUGCCAGCCCUGGGUAUUAGCCUGCCGAGCAUGGGUGCUGCAGUCAGGACCACUUCUGGACUGCUCUGAUGGACAGUCUGCUUAGGAGUGUCGGCAGUGUCAGCCACCCUAGUCCGCAUUUCUGAACUCUCCUUGCACAGACCCAACAGUGUGCAGUAGCUGCCCCUGCAGUGCUUGCCCUGCUCUGCUGGAAACAGGCUCAGAACACCAGUCCUCAAAGUUCCCCUGCAGUGAUGACAAGGGGAAACAAACCACUUCAUAAUCCUGUAGGGCACAUGUACACCACCCAAAACAAAGUCACCAUGUGUUUAAAACUACCAGACCUCCUCCUGGAUGAAGCCAAUGGCUGCACCUUUACCCCUUUGAUGGUUACUAGAAUCACCUUGUCAGGAUCUCAGCUCACUGGAAGACAGCCUUCUUAGCAUGUCUUGGAGUUAGUUUCUUCUAACUCCUAGAGUAUGUUGGUUAAGCUGGUACAGCCCACCCUAUCUGUGGGCAGCGUCGAUCGUUCCAUGGGCUGCUAUCCAACACUGAAUAAAAGGUGAGCUGGGCAUCA